UAUCCCAGCAGUCAUUGGGCGGCAGGUUCCCAGGGAGGAUGCGGCAGUGACCAGGCUCAGAGUACUGAUCAUCACCAUGGCGAUGUUUGGGGCUGUGCAAGCAUGCAUGGGCACCGACAACUGCUCAACCAACACGGAGUCUAAGGAUUACUGCUACUCGGCCCGGAUCCGCAGCACGGUGCUGCAGGGUCUCCCAUUCGGCGGCGUGCCCACUGUCCUCGCCCUGGACUUCAUGUGCUUCCUGGUGCUGCUGUUUGUCUUCUCCAUCCUGCGGAAGGUGGCAUGGGACUAUGGCCGCCUGGCGCUGGUGACCGAUGCCGACAGAGCGAAGAAGCGAUUCAGCAACCUGGAGGAACGUGAAUACGUUGCUUCAGCGAUGCAUUCGGAGACACCGGAUCGCUACGAGCGCCUCACUUCUGUGUCCUCCUCAGUUGACUUCGACCAGCGGGACAACGGGUUCUGCUCUUGGCUGACAGCUAUCUUCAGAAUAAAGGAUGAGGAGAUUAGGGAGAAAUGUGGAGAAGACGCUGUCCACUACCUGUCUUUCCAGCGCCACAUCAUUGGGUUACUGGUGGUGGUGGGAGUUCUCUCAGUGGGAAUUGUCCUCCCAGUAAACUUCUCAGGAGACCUGCUGGAAAACAACGCCUACAGCUUUGGACGAACUACAAUCGCCAACCUAAAGUCUGGGACAAAUCUGUUGUGGCUUCACACAACUUUUGCCUUCAUGUACCUCCUGCUGACGGUGUAUAGUAUGAGACGACACACAUCCAAGAUGCACUACAAGGAGGAUGACCUGGUAAAACGCACUUUAUUUAUUAACGGGAUUUCCAAAUACGCUGAGGAAAGCCACAUCAAGCAGCACUUUGAACAAGCCUAUGAGAACUGCACCGUGCUGGAGGCCAGGAUCUGUUACAACGUGGCUAAACUGAUGGCGCUCAAUGCUGAAAGGAAGAAGACAGAGCGCAGUAAAAAGUUCUUCACUGACCUGAUGGCAAAGGAACAUGUGCCCACCAUGAUCAACCCCAAACCAUGCGGCCAUCUUUGCUGCUGCGCCAUCACGGGCUGUGAGGAGGAGGAGGCAGUGAGUUACUACACGAAGCGGGAGGCAAAGUUGAAAGAGGAGUACAGGAAGGAGAAGGAGAAGGUCAACACUAAGCCUCUGGGUAUGGCUUUUGUCACAUUUCAGAACGAAGCCAUGACCGCCAUCAUCCUGAAGGACUUUAACGCCUGUCAAGUUCAGGGCUGCCGAUGUCGGCAGGAGCCCCGUUCAUCCCAGUUCAGCGAGAGCCUCCACGUCUACAACUGGAGUGUUUCCUAUGCCCCGGACCCCCAGAACGUCCGCUGGGAACAUCUCUCACUAGGCGGGAUCUCCUGGUGGAUUCGCUGCUUUGUCAUCAACUGCAUACUCUUCAUUCUCCUCUUCUUCCUCACCACGCCAGCCAUCAUCAUCUCCACCAUGGACAAGUUCAAUGUCACCAAGCCAGUGGAGUACCUAAAUAACCCGAUAGUGACUCAGUUCUUCCCCACCCUGCUGCUGUGGGCCUUCUCCGCCCUGCUGCCCACCAUUGUUUAUUACUCAGCAUUCUUCGAGGCUCACUGGACUCGAUCAGGAGAGAACAGGACGACCAUGCAUAAAUGUUACACCUUCCUCAUCUUCAUGGUUCUGCUGCUGCCCUCCCUGGGCCUGAGCAGCUUGGAUGUGUUCUUCCGUUGGCUUUUUGACAGGAAGUUCCUGGCUGACGGCACCGUCCGAUUUGAGUGUGUGUUCCUCCCCGACAACGGAGCAUUUUUCGUGAACUAUGUCAUUGCCUCAGCGUUUAUCGGGAACGCCAUGGACCUGUUGAGGAUCCCAGGUCUGCUGAUGUACAUGAUACGCCUCUGUCUGGCACGGUCCGCCGCCGACAGACGCAACGUCAAAAGGCACCAGGCGUAUGAGUUCCAGUUUGGUGCUGCGUAUGCCUGGAUGAUGAACGUCUUCACGGUGGUGAUGGCAUACAGCAUCACCUGUCCCAUCAUCGUACCAUUCGGUCUGAUGUACAUGCUGCUCAAACACCUGGUGGACCGCUACAACAUGUACUAUGCCUACCUGCCCUCCAAGCUUGACAAGAAGAUCCACUCUGGUGCCGUCACCCAGGUGGUGGCAGCGCCCAUCCUGUGUCUCUUCUGGUUACUGUUCUUCUCCACCGUACGCACAGGCUUUGUCACACCAACCUCCAUGUUCACCUUGGUGGUGCUGAUCGUGACCAUCGUGGUUUGCCUCUCCCACAUCUGCUUUGGACACUUCAAGUACCUCAGCGCCCACAACUACAAGAUUGACACCAAGGAGAGCGAUACUGACGGUGUAGAAAAUGGUCGACCGGCUCGUCCGUCCUCCUCUCCCUCAAACAAAUCUCAGCAGAUGUACAUCGCUCAGGUUCUCCAGGAUCCAAACUCCGACGAGCCCGGCGCCGGCAGCGGCGAGGAAGACCGUGGCUCCUCCCAGGAUGAAGAGAUGCUGAACGGAGGAAAUGGAAUCAAUGAAGCUGACUUCCAAUCAGGAGAGGACAGCCUGAUUGCUAACGAGGUCCAUCAGUAACCAUAGCAACAGAGGACAGGGAUAGGGUUCUGGAAGAAGAGGAGGAGGAGCAGCAAGAUGAAGCUCACUUUGAUGCUGGGAGGAGUCACUGAUACCUGCUGUGGUCCACCAAUUCACAACAGUUGCAAACACGUAUACAUACAUACACACAAACACACACACACACACACACACACACACACACACACACACACACAUAAACACACAAUGAGUUAGUUGCACACACAAAUACAUACAUACACACAUGCAGAGGAAAAAUGCACACAAACAUGUAU